GUUACUAGAGUAAAAUCGUCUAUAAACGAGAAAAACAAGAAAUUUAUUAAGAAUGUUGUUGUUGUGUUGUUGAGAGAACCAAUACAACUGUUCAUUGUGAACUCUGUCACAGUAAUAUCAAUAAUCCGAUACGAGUGUAGAAGUUGAAUUUUUUUUUUUUUACUCUAUAAUGAAAAUUAUAAUAAUCUACCGGCUUUAGUAGAAUAAAUAAAAAAAAAAAAAAAGAACAUGUCCUCCUGUAGUGAUUUAUCUCGAUCUCACGAAUAUUUAAGUUUUCGAAGUUCUGUACCACUUCGAAAAAUUGUUGUUGAUAUUGAUGGUUCUAAGGGAUGGAAAGUAUAUGAUUCAAAUCCAAAGACUGUUAAGUGCCCUCUCAUUUGUCUUCCUCCUGCCAGUGGAACGGCGGAUAUUUUUUUUAAACAAAUUCUUGGAUUAGCGGCAAAAGGAUAUCGAGUAAUAUCGGCUGAAGCACCUGUUUAUUGGAAUGUUAAAGAAUGGUGUGAAGGAUUCAAAAAAUUACUGGAUUACAUGGAAUUAGAUAAGGUUCACCUUUUCGGUGCUUCUCUAGGAGGAUUUUUGGCGCAAAAAUUUGCAGAAGUAAAUGCACAUUGUCCAAGGGUACUUUCUUUAAUUUUAUGUAAUACAUUUACGGAUACUUCAGUCUUCAGCUAUAAUGAUUCCGCGGCUGUGUUCUGGAUACUUCCAUCAUUAGUGUUGAAAAAAAUGGUAAUGGGAAAUUUUGAAUCGGAUAAAGUUGAUGGAGAAAUAAUAGAAGCCAUCGAUUUUAUGGUUGAAAGGCUGGAGAGUUUAACACAACCGGAAUUGGCAUCGAGAUUAACAAUGAAUUGUGUAAAUUGUUAUGUGCAACCGCAAAAAAUUAGUCAUUUACAAAUUACGAUAAUGGACGUUUUUGAUGAAUACGCUUUAUCAAAUGUUGUCAGAGAAGAAAUGUACAAAUGCUAUCCAAAUGCCAAAUUAGCCCAUUUAAAAAGUGGCGGUAAUUUUCCUUACUUAAGUAGAUCAGCAGAAGUUAAUCUACAUUUACAGAUUCACUUGCGACAAUUUGAAGGUACGGAAUAUUCGGCUUCAAGUCGAAAGAAAAUUUAAAUGAAAAAAAAAAAAAAAGAAAUAUUGUAUAUAUAUAUAAAAUUAUUGACGACUCAGUUACCGAAAUAUAUGAGAAAAAGACAGUAAUAUAAAAUAUGGAAUAGAAAAAAAGAAAUGAAAGGAAUAAAUGAAAAUGGGAUAUGCUAAGACAACUCAACGAAUUCCUAUGAUAUUUCUUUUAUUUUUUGCAAGUUGCAAAAAUCUAAUUUGGUUCUAAAAUAAUCUAUGCCUAAAUAAUUUUCUAUUUGAAUUUUUUAAAUAGAAAAAAAAUUUUCUCUAUUCAUUGUUUUUUCCAUUAUAGAUACAUAAAUAUCGUCUCUACCUCCUUUUUGAGGAUUUUGUCAUCUAUCCUACAUUUGUUAAUUUUUCUUUUUAUUUUUUAAAAAAUUUUUAAAUAUGAAAUUACAAAAUAGAAAUAUUAAUUUUAAAAGCUUAAAAAAUGCUGGUCAAAGAAAAUAUUUUCAAAUAAGUUAUAUAUUAUUAUUAUAUAUUGAAAAAUACUCUAUGUUAAUUUUCCUUGUUGAUUCUUAUUGUACUUUUGUUAUUUAUAGAAGAUCAUUUUUUUUUAUAUUCACGUAAUUAUUUUAAGCAGAUUUAUACAAGUUUCCGACUGAAUAUAAAAAACAAAUAUUAGAAAAAAAAAGAUUUAUAUAAAAUGCUAAAUAUAAUGGAAACACUUAUAUUGAAAAGUGUUUUUGUUUUAUAGAUUAUUUCGUGGGGGAAAUAAAUAAUUUUUAUAAGCAAA